AUGAUGGACUGUAACGAUCGCCAUCAAUGGACCACUACGCAACAACACAUGGCAAAAGCAAACAAAGAAAUGUGGAGGAAGGCCGAUAUUGUCGCUAUGGGAGACGUUUCGCGGGAGCUGUCACGAGGGAAGCGACGCUAUGUGACGGCAUUCCUGUGUCUCUGUGUCUCUACCAUUUGCUACGCCGAUCGAACCAACAUGGGCAUCGCAUUGCCGGUAUUCGUGACGAAUAAGAAGGAACAAGGCGAAGUUUUGUCUGCAUUCUUUUACGGUUACAUGUGCACUCAAAUCCCAGGAGGGUAUUUUGCUGCUAGGUUUGGCGCUAAAAUUGUCUUGCUUACUGGAGUUGUCGUCUGGACACUUUUCGAUCUGUCGACGGUGCUCGUGGCUAAAUGCCUUACGUGUCUGUUCUUCACAAGAGCGGGUAUGGGGCUUGGGGAGGGCAUCUUGUUCCCUUGCAUGCAUCAAAUUGCUGGUGCGUGGUACCCGAUACAGGAACGGAGUCGUCUUGUCUCGCUAGUGGCAAGUGGUUCAGACCUAGGCACCAUCACUGCACUGAUCAUAUCGCCUACUAUUAUGGCAGCUAGCGGUUGGCAAUACAUUUUUGUUGCGUUCGGUGUGCUCAGCUUCAUCUGGGUCAUAACAUACGUCUUCAUGGGAGUUAGCCGACCAGAAGAUGACCCCUACAUAUCGCUUGAGGAACGCAAUUUCAUCGUUCGCAACCGCUCAGUCGACUCAGACACUCACCAACGUCAGCGCUCUCGCGCCGAGCUUGACACCCAUGCGAUUAAUUGGCGUGUGCUGCUGACCUCACGGCCUGCGUGGGCGAUCUACGUUGCGCACAUGUGUUACAACUACAGCUGGUACAUCCUGCUGGGCUGGAUCCCGCAGUAUUUUAAACAAGUUCUGGACCUCGAUCUGGCCAAAGAAGGCGGGUUUGCCGCCGCGUUACCCUACAUGUGCGGCUACAUCGGCACUCUGCUGUUUGGGCGACUGGGAGAUCAUCUGGUCAUUCGCGGCUACCGUGAACUGCAUGUGCGCCAGAUCAUGAACGCUUUUUCGUUCAUCGGAUGCGCCUUCUUUCUCUUCUCGCUACGCUUCGCAAAGUCAGCUCCCAUGGCAGUGGCAUUGCUGUGUAUGACACUGUUCACCAGUCGCGCCGCUAUGGCUGGAUAUUGGGUCAACAUGAUCGAUGUUGCGUCUAACCACGCUGCACAUGUUAUGGGCGUCUCCAACACCUUUGGCACCAUCCCGGGCAUCAUUGGCAAUGUGGUCACAGGCGCAAUUCUGCAAGCUACGGGCUCGUGGGACCUCGUGUUUGGGAUCGCUGCACUUGUCCUCAUCUUUGGUGCGGCGUUUUUUCAUUGCAACGCCUCGGAUGAGUCUAUCUACGCGCGGUCUAGCCACGGAGAAGAUUACUGCAGCACCAGCAUUACUUCAAAUAACUUCCCAGAUAGCCCCAAACACAGCUUGUCCACACACCCCGAUCUUCAUGACGAUGAAGAGAGUCUGCUCGAAAACCAAAUGUAA